UUGGAACGAUCGAGCCCCCGUGGGAGGAUCCGCUUUCGAAAUACCGAUUUCUUUUAUUUUGAAAAACCCAGAUACUGUAAACCCGAUAAGUUGAUCGAAGAUGCUUCGGGAAACGCCGGACAGACGCGCCUGAUUCUUCGAGGUGGCAAAACUGUCCUCAGUUUGUGUGUAUUUUUCAAGGCUCGAAAGCAUCUUCAGUCAGACUCACAGGGAGCAGAGGAGGCUGUUGACUGUCCGCAGGCUGUUCUAAAGGUGGGCAGCAGUCGCCAGCAGCCAUGCUGUCAUUGGACGAGCCACUUGACCUGAAGCUCCCCUCAGGGCGGACAGACGGUCCAGUCAGGUUAGGAAAGAGGGCGUGUCCUUCCUCCAUCUGUGCCCCUCUCAGCGCCAUUCGACCACGCCUCCUUUAUACAACCUUUCCUUCACCACCCUCCUCCCCAGAUUCUCAGUCUCCCUCUCAAGAACGACCCAGGUCCUGCUUCACUCCUCCAGCCAUGGACCUCAGCCUGUCCCCCUCUUCCCGCCAUGCCUCCUCCCUCUCCCCGUCCCCUUCAUCCCGCUCCUCCCCGUCUCCCUCCUCACCCCUGGAGUCCCCUCACAGCAGCCGCAGCCCACAGCCACACAUCUUCUCCCGGGAAGCCGCUCGCCAUCUUGGCGUGGAGGGCGGCGCGUCACCGCAGGGUUUUCCCUUUUAUUUGCCGAUGGCGAGUCCGCCGAGGGCCUACAGCUUUCCUUCCUCCAUGUUCAUCAGUCACAGCCGGGAGAAGCAAGUGUCGCCGGAGCCCUCACUUGACGGUCAGCUGGCCUGCCGAUGGAUGAAGUGCCACCUGCUGUUCGACUCGCUGCAGGACUUAGUGGAUCACAUCAACGACUUUCACGUCAAACCUGAAAAGGAUUCUGGGUACUGCUGCCAGUGGGAGGGCUGUGCUCGAAACGGGCGGGGCUUUAAUGCCAGAUAUAAAAUGCUGAUUCACAUCCGCACGCACACGAAUGAGAAGCCGCAUCAUUGUCCCACCUGCAACAAGAGCUUCUCGCGCCUGGAGAACCUGAAGAUUCACACUCGCUCACACACAGGAGAGAAACCCUACAUCUGCCCUUAUGAAGGCUGCAGCAAACGUUACUCCAACUCAAGUGACCGCUUCAAACACACGCGCACCCACUAUGUUGACAAGCCGUAUUACUGCAAGAUGGCCGGCUGCUUGAAGCGCUACACUGAUCCCAGCUCGCUACGCAAGCACAUCAAGGCCCAUGGACACUUUGUUGCCCAGGAGCAAAGUGCCCCGGGCAGACUGGGGUCCGGGCUGGGCCUGCCCGGGCAACAGAAGGCUGCAGAACUGCCCUCUGCAGGCGGAGCCCACAUCAUCAUCCCCAGUGCCGCUGCAGCUCUUCUUGGGGGUCUUGGAGCGUCUUUGCCUCUCUCUGCUUUCUGCCAUGCCAGAGCCCUGGGCCACCAUGGGGCCCCGCUCUUCUCUGCUGGAGGAGGCAGCAGCAUGGGGCCACUCGGCCUCUCAGACUCCCCUCUGUUACACUUUGGACUAUCCGCUGCUUCGGUGUUAGGGUUGGGAGCUCUGGGAGGUCUGAGGCGGAUGGUGGGGAUGGAAACGGAGGGCGAAGACGAGGAGGAAGAAGGUGUGGAGGGCGAGGUGUUGAACCUGUCGGCAGCGGUGGUGCCCAGGCGUAAUGAUCCUGUGUCCUGGGUGGUCGUUCCCCCGAGGGCGCUCCUCCUCAAGCCGGCUGUCGUCAGCUAGGUUGUGCACUUGGCAAAUUCGUAGAGACGAAAGGAGACAAUUGUUUUGUUGUUUUCUUUGUCUGUGUUUGUGAAAAUCACAGUGUACGAGUGUAUGAGGCUUGUGUGCAUAUAUGCACAAGAAAAACAUAAUCACACGGUCUAUUUGUCAUUCCAGUUUGAACGUACAAAGUCUCGGCUGGAUCUUUAAAUGUAUGGUAGCACCAUGCAUGCUUCCAUGAUCUGAAAAUAUAAAGGGCAACUCCACCCAAAAUGAAUCAAAACACAUCGAGCCAUGCAUCUGAUGAGGUUUUGAGAUGAAUUAUACUUCCUCUGUUUAGUAAAGUAGAACAUUACACCCAUAACCAUCACUGUAUGUCAUCUAAUUUACAGUAAGUUGACUUCCAUCGACUCAAGUGAGAAUAACGAUCUGGAACUGGCUCAGCGAGGUGAACAACCCGCAUCUGUUAACUUGUGUGAUUCUCUGAAACGGAUUUUCCCCUCCAGCCUCUUGGAUUGGUUGAAACGUCUUCAGACGUAACUCAAACAAGUACAGUUGCCUGCAGCUAACUAGUGAAGGUGACCGUCAAACUGUCAUUGAUAACUGACUAAAAAGUAGAUCGGACAACUCAGUGACUCAUAAACUUGAGAGAUAAUCAGUUUGAGUGAGAAGAUUUUUGAGCUUUUACCACUUUUUUGCCCAAGCAACUGAUUCAAUGAAAAAGAAUCCACAGUUUAGUAGAUUAUUAUUUCCCUAAACUCCAAUAUAGAAGUAAAGAUAUCACAAAACCUCAGAGGAGAGAUUAUCUCCAUGCAUGGCUUGAUGCCAAAUGAGUAGUAGAGUUUGUUUUGGCUGAACUGACCCUUCUAUAUUCCUUGUCGCACACUGACCUCUGGGUCAGUUUACGGAAGACAAUCACCUGGAGUCGUUUUUUUUUGUUUUUUUUUAAUUACUGAACCAGGUCAUGAAAGAGAGCAGAUGCACUUAUCUUUUUUUUUUACUGUUGACAACCCCCACUGACUGCUUCCACACACCCACACUGUGUCGUCCUGAAUGAAAGCAGAACGAUGGGGCGCCAUGGGAAAUACAGUCCACACCAAGUGUCCAGUUCACGAAUACAUGUUGUAAACGUCGUUGUGAUCUGUGUAUGUCACUCCCACUUCUAUUAUUUCCUCAAGCAAAGGGUAAAGUAAACUGAAAUAAGACAAUCCUUUUGAACGUUUGACACAGAUUCUCAAAAACAUUAGGUUGCAUGUUUGUGAGGAUAACGACAGAGUUUCUGUCUGUUUACAGAGAGUCAAGGCUACAGUAUUAGGAAUCAGACACGUCAUAUUCUGAGCACUUAAAGAUGUUUCCACACGCAGCUGACACAUGCAAUAUGAAAGUAGACGACCCUUUAUGUGCUUUGUCUUGUUAAACGUCGUUAUCUCUCUUAGAUAGCGGUGGUGAAGUGAUCUGAGUGCAGCUCUCCAGUGCAGUGCUCUCGGUUUUCAUUAAAUUACAUGUCAUUUCGCGGACACUUUUAUCCAAAGCGACUUACAAUACAAUGCUUCACUUGGAGAAACCUUGACACAGAACUGUUCUGGGUCGUUGACGCAGCAGCGCUACGAUGUGUGACAUGAAGCAGUAGAUUAUCCACACAGAAAUAAAUGUUUGACCAUGUGAUUUUCUUAAAGUCGCAAGAAAAGAGAAAAAAAAGACUGUAUUGACGUAACUGAAUGUAGGUUUGACUUUAGUCUUGCUCUUGCGGUUUAUUUUUAUUUUCUUUUGCCAAAUCUUGGCUCUGUUUAUCAGUGCAAUGACAAAGAUCUUGAAAAGAUCAGCCAUGUGCUUUACAAACAAGAGGACGUUAGGAACAAGUUAGCGAGGAACACACUCAACCAGGAGUAUGUGACACAGGGGUGUGUAUUUGCAGUACUGUGUACACAUUUGCUAUCAUGAUAUUUGGCUCAUAGAGAAAAAAGGUACACAAAAAUAAGCCAAACAAUGUUGGGAGAGGUAAUGAUUGUUUUUUUGUUUGUUUUUCCAAAGGGGAAAUGCUUGACAAUGGCCACACGUGGGCCUGUAUCUGUGUUGUUGUGUCUUGUACUCUUGUUUGCACAUUGAUUAGUAUUUUUCGAACAGUGCCUUUCAAAUAAAAUGUAUCACACAUUUUAUAUAUAUAUAUAGUAUAUAUAUAUAAAAAAAUUAUACGCAAAUGUAAAUUGUAUAAAUCUACCUUUUAUUAAAUUUUAGAAAACAGAAUUUCAAUAACUUGACAACAGAUGUGAUUUGCACAUCGAGGCCACGGCAACACUCUCUGAGGAUGUCACUAUUGUUGACCAGGACUCUGAAAAUAAACACAAACAAAUGAUCAAAAAAAACCAAAAAAAAAAA